CUGGGGUUUGCAGGGUGCAGCGCAGUAUUUGCACUGAUCAUAGCCUUGCACUCGUCUAGAUUGAGAUCGAUCCUCCAGUUUAAUCUUCACAGCAUUAAAGUGCCUCUGUCACCAGUGGAACAAACCUUCCGUUUUUCUUCUUUCAGACUUUGGUAUUUUUCCUUCUUUUCCAUGUCUACUAUCACGAUGUCGGGUAGUUUCGCCUGUCUGUGUAUCCCACUCAAACCCAAACGCGCAACAUAUUGGGCCACUUUGUAACUCGGGUAUUAAGUGUCCGUGCCGUCUGUUAGGCAGCGGAUUGGACAAAAGGCACGUCCAUCAUUAUGUUACCUCCCCUCGAAUAAAAGAAGGCGGCGUAGCCGCCGCGCGUCGUUUGACUAAACUUUGCAACAUGGCGACGGGCUGUGUCGACAGAGUGGAAACUAUGGAAAAAACUCCACGGCCCGGCUUCAGCGACGACAAAUACUCUUUCCUCGUCGUUGUCGGGGAGCACGGCGCCGCUGGCUUUGCGGAUUACCUGGUGUCGGAGAUUGAACGAGGCAUCCGCUCCUGGGACGUGGACCUGUCGUCCUGCAAUCUGGACGAGCAGCUCAAACUAUUUGUCUCCAGACACUCCGCCUUCUUCUCGGAGGAGCUCACAGGCCAGAAAACACUGCAGCACAGUGGUGAUGUUUUGGAGACCCAGGUCGUGGUAAACCCAUCCCAUGGUUUGGUUUGUUCAGAGGUCCGUCGACUUAUUUCUGAUGCAUCUCGACACAAACUGCUGAUCCUGGCCGGGCAGUGUGUGGAGGAAUCUGGUGAACUAGUGCUGCAGAGCAGAUGCUUCUCACUAAACGACUUCAUCCAGAUAUUUGCUGAUGAAGAGAUUGGUGAGCUGCUAAGCUCCACAGAUCCUACCAGAAAAGCCAGCCUCUCCCUCUGUUGCCCCAUGUCUGGAAUGUGGAAGAAUUCUCAGCUGGACAAAAACAACCUGCAAGACUUCAUCGAAAUCAAGACCAAUCCCCCAUCAGUGCUACCAGAGAUGGAAGGCUUGCAAGAGUUCACAGAGUAUCUCUCAGAAUCCCUUGAACCUCGGUCACCUUUUGAACUUCUUGAACCUCCCAGCACUGUCGGCUUCCUAAAGCUGUCCCGUCCCUGCUGCUACGUGUUCCCUGGGGGGAGAGGUGAUUCUGCCUUCUUUGCUGUGAAUGGUUUUAAUGUCCUGGUCAAUGGUGGGUCUGAUCCACGUUCCUGCUUUUGGAAACUGGUGAGACAUUUGGACAGAAUUGACUCUAUAUUGCUCACACACAUUGGAGCAGACAACUUGCCUGGAAUAAACAGCCUGCUCUGUAGGAAAACAGCAGAGCAGGAAGAGGAGACAUCAGGUUCUCAGAGCAACGAAGACUGGCAGAGGAACCUAAUAUCCCCAGAAAUUGGGGUUGUGUUCCUCAAUGCUCCAGAAAGACUUAAGACACUCCAAAGUGAUCCCAAGGUCUUGCGUGGUUGUGAUCAGGUUGCGCUAACACUACAGAACUUAGAAAUAUUAUCUAUCAUACCAGAAUCCCUCAGUCGAUCCAGUAGCCCAAGCAUUGAACCAUUGAUCCUCUUUCAGAAGAUGGGUGUUGGUCGCCUUGAGCUUUAUGUUCUAAAUCCAGUCAAAGGUAGUAAAGAACUAGACAUUAUGAUGCAAACAUGGCCCAGCAGUGCCUCUAAUGUUAAAGGAUCAGAGAUCCCUCUACCUUGCCUUGUUUCCAUAUGUGCUCUGUUGGUAUGGCAUCCUGCUAACCCCCAGGAAAAAAUUAUUCGUGUUCUGUUCCCUGGAUGCACUCCACAGGCCAAGAUCUUUGAGGGAAUGGAGAGGUUGAAACAUCUUGACUUCCUCAAACACCCAAUAGUAAGUUUAAAGGACCUUGAGUCAGCUAAAUCUGACAAACCACCAAAGCGUACAGGGAGUCGGGAAAGCCUUAAAUCUGUACCAAAAGACUUGAGACCCCCAAGUGCCUCAUUCCAGAAAGAAAAGGUAGGCAGAGUCGAUACUAAAAAGCAAGACACUAAGGUUAAGCCCAGAUCCUUUAAUGAAACUAGCCUAAAAGAGGGCAAAGAAAUGGAAGAUAGACUAAAGCCAAUAGAUGAUGUGAAACCAAAAACUUCUAAACCUGAAAAGCAAAUGGUUAAAAAAGAGCCCAUAAAAGAGGAGAAGAAAGAAACUAAAAUGAAAGAGGAAAGAACCUCAACAAGUGUUGCUAAGAAAGAUGAAAAUGUUGACAAAAAGAAGGAGAGUUUAAGGAAAGACAUGGGUACUAAACCUAAGAAAGAUGUUAAACCUGAAAUAAAGAAGGAAACUAAGAAGGAGGUCAAACAAGAGGAGAAAAAAACAGCCACUAAACCUCAUAUAAAAGAUGUAAAGAAAGCUGCUGGAGCUGUUUCAGCACCUGCUAACAUGAGAAAGUCUGGAAAGAACGACUCUUUAAAGAAGGGCUCAACAGCCCCUAAAAAAGACAGUUUACCAAAAGGCAUGAAGUCAAAGCCAGGGGUCAAGGAGGAAGAAAAUGUGAAAUUAGGAGAUGUGAAUAGUUCAAAGAUGUCCACACCAGAGAAUAUAAAUGCAGACUCUGAUAAGGUGAAGCUGGAAAACCAUAAUCGCGUGCAGGAUGGAAGCAUGGAGGAAGCUGCCAAAGAUGAUCAAGUGCCGAAUGGAUCUAACACUGGAACAGACUUAUCAGAAAGUCCAGAGAAAUUUCGAUGUAUGGAAACACUUCCUUGUACAAACUCUGCUUUUGGUACUGUUUCACCGCUUGCAAAGACUCCAAAAAGUGAGAAGAGUGUCAAUUUUGAUCUCACACCAACAGAACACAGAUUGCUUGAUGGAGCUCUUAAAGAUAACCUUUUGAAAAUUGAGCCAGAAGAUGGAUGUUUAAGCUGUGAUGACAAAACCCUGGAGAUGCUCUCCCCACCAAACGGUGUAGCCCACACCCCAUUGCAUCAGUCUCCUGAGGACGAUCCUCUGGGCUCUGGCAAGGACAAGGUGCCCCAUUUAAGUUCUGAAGAUGUUCAUGAGGCAUCCUGCAGAAGUUCUGAGAUGGGUUGCUCAAAAAGUCAUUUAGGAAACAGCUCCACAUGUUCACAAGACAAACAGUCCAGUUUUCUAUCUUUGGGUUCUUUUAAGGACAUGGUGCCUGAUGCCUCAUCUACAGUCACGUCCCUGCCAGCUGAGGUAGGCUCGCCACACUCCACUGAAGUUGAUGAUUCUUUAUCUGUAUCUUUUGAGCAAGUACUCCCGUCUGUCUGUCAGACAGAAGACCAAGCAUAUACCAAUGGACAUUUGUUAGAAAUUGACUCCAAAACUGAUAUGUCAUUACCUUUAAUGACAUCUCAUAAUAGCCACCAAUCUUGCAACAGGGUUGAGAAUCCUGUCUCUGGUCCGCAGGGUCUUUACCCCAAUACCCCACCUCAUGAUGUUGAUUUGUGCUUGGUCUCCCCCUGUGAAUUUAAACAUCACAAGUCCCCUGACAGCCAACAGAGGUUGUCCCCUGCAUCAACCAGCCCUAAUCAUAACCUCUCAGCCAAGAGUGACCUGUCACAAGAGCCUGUCCAUCUGUCCUCCCAGUGCAGUACUAACAAUGAUUGCCACUCCCUGGAAUGCCAAGACAUGACACUGGCCUCCAUAAGUGACUCCAUCCCUCCCACUUCAGACUCUGAUGUGCCACCUGCUUCUGGAGAGUGUCCUUCCAUUAGUGAGGACUUGGAUUCAGAGGACUCGACUGAACUUUUCCCACCCCAUUAUCCACAUGGUCACCCUACUAGUUGCUCAUCAAGCAGGAACUCAACGCAUUCCUCUCCAGAUCCUCCCCCAGCACCAGUCAAGGACCUGCCCCCUUUGCCGCCCCAGCCUGGCGCUUGCAUGGUUGACCCUGAAACUGACACCCAAGGAAAAUCUCUAAAGAAUGUGACUUCAAAACCCAAAAAAACAGCAAGUGUUGGCACACUGAAGCUGGUGUCAAGUGCAAAUAGUGCUGCACAGAUUAGCAAAACAAAGAUAGGUACCCAUGCAACUACCAGCAGUACAAUUCGGGCGACAUCUAGUCUGGACACAAAGCCUGCUACACGAAGUACCAUCAGUAGCACUAAGCCAACAGGAAGUGUGAGACUGUCAUCAGGUCCAGCAGGUAACAAACCGAAUGCUCAGCCAGUUUAUCUGGACCUGGCCUACCUGCCUUCUGGGUGUGCAGCGUCCACUGUUGACGUGGAGUUCUUCCGCCGUGUGCGUUCCUCUUCCUACGUAAUAAGUGGCGAAGAGCCGCACAAGGAGUCAGUCAUGAGACCCAUCCUUGAUUCCCUUUUAGAUGGCAAAGCAGUCUGGCCAGAUGUACAGGUCACCCUGAUUCCCACUUUUGAUUCUCUGACGAUGCAUGACUGGUACCAAGAGACACAUGAAAGACAAAGAGAGUUGGCAGUUACUGUGCUGGGCAGCAACAGUACUGUGGCCAUGCAAGAAGAGACAUUCCCUGCCUGCAAAGUUGAAUUAUGAAGGGAAACAAAAUGUACAAAUUGAAAAGGAAAUGACAAUUCAGUUCCCCAUUACUCACACGAGCACUUGCGCCUGCUUCUACAGCUGUAACGGUUCAGGUCUUUUCUCUUUUCUGAACAUUUUUAGCUUGAUCACCAUUAAUCAGCAUUUAAAUUCUAGCUCAGCUGUGCUCUGUAUAGUAUAUGCUGAUAAAGAGUAGGUGUGUUCUAUGGGAAUUAGGUGUUGACAUGAGUGUAAACUGUAAGUUACAUUUAAUAAAGAUCUACAGGAGUUGCAUAGUAAAUAUAGUGGGUCCUGUGAGUUAAACAAAGUUACAUGUCGUUCAUAUCAUUUUCUUGUACUGAAACAUUGUAAGCAUUCGUUCUUAUGGAAAAGCUAGAAAUACUUUGCGUAGAAAGAAGCAUGGCAAGGUGGGUCAGUGGAUGUCCGCGUCCAGGUUACUUAUUUCAUGCAGUACUGCAGCUUGCAUCGUUUUGCACUGUUGCACAUUUUGCAUUUUGUACACAAGGGGUAAAACAUAGAAUACAUGAAGACUUUAUAAUGGAAAUUGUCUUUGACAGCCUAAAUUUUGUCUGCAAGUGAAGUUUUGUUUGUUUAGAUUCUCUUUUUACUGGAGCACGGCAUGUUUCUUUCCUUUCUUUAACCCUAGCGAUUGAUUUCUCUGUGAAAACAGUUUGUCACUGUGUACAUUACAAGUGAUUUGAAUGGUUGUUUUCAGUGCUUGUGUUUCACUCUUGUUAUGCAGGGUACUCAUGCACCACACACAAGGACCAGUAGUUGGUAUCAAGCUGUUUCCUACGGGCUGCUUUCUUCCCCGUCCAGACCUGGAUUAAGUCUAGACCUGGACCGAUUUCUUGUAUGGAUUAAGUCUAGUCCCAGACUGAUUGCUCGUUAACGGUACGAUCUGUGACUGUAAACCAAUGUGAUUUCCAACCACUUAAUUUAACCUUCAUGGUCAUAGAAUAAUGCUGCUCUUUUUUAAAUUCAUAAACCGGGUUCCUGAUGAAAGCCAAUAGUCCUGAAGGAACUGUGAUGACUUUGUUUACGUUUUAAAAGGAUUAUCACUCUUCUGAAAACUUCAUAGUUUGGUUUAAGAUGGCAGUAAAAUAGUAAAUGUUUCUUUGAGUUCUGAAAGCAUCUAAAGGAAUUUUUCAUGAAUGCAUUUACAACAGAUUAAAACAGUGAUUAAAAAUCAUACUAUGGCUUUAAUUGUGAAUAAUAAUCGAAAAUCAUAGAUUUUUUUGGUGCACACUAAUUGAAGAUAAUGUGGUCCAGGACUAAACUUAAUCUAGAAAACCUAUUAUGAUCAUCUUGAUACUUUUAAAAAAUAAUCCAAAAACAUCAGUAAUACAGUAAAUGGGUAAUUGACAGUUACAAGACAAUCUUACACUUUACAUCCAGAUGUUGCUCUCAAUUAAAGAAUCUUGUGGUCUAACUCCAUCAGAGAAAUACAAAAUAUUCACCGGAUGAAAUGUUUUUCACAGCAUGAAAUUUGCUUCAAUGCCUUGUUUUUCUUCUCCGUUCGGACACAGCUGAGUAAAUGGAGAAAGGCUGUUUUGAAUGAACACCACGGCUUUGUCUGGUCAGUGUAGAACAUGGAGGACUGAGGAAGGAGCUGCAGCUGUGACGCUUCCCUGAAGGGACGGGCAAUUUGAACAAGUCUUCUGUAAUGUGAAUUAUCCUGAGAGCCACAUUAAAAGAGUGUACAAACUGUAAACACUAACCUGCCAAAUAUAAAGACUUUUGUGAUUUGCAAAGGCCAAAGUCUGUUUUUGUUUGUUUGGGGUUUGGUUUAUUUAUUUGGUUUGUUUUUUCUUUGAAGGACAAAGCACUGCUCUCACUUUUUCUUGGAUUUUAUUUUACUUGAAUUAUUCUUGCGAAUUUUUUCUUCAUUGUACCCGUUUUUAACAUUUUAUGUGUAGCAUUACUGUGUGUAUAGCACAUAGCAAAUGUGCUAUAAUUUCUAAAUGGCUCAUGUGGAUGAAAAGAUUUUUGCAGUAAAGCUGACAGUCCAUACUUAAUGUGACCCAUUUUAAUUGGAUAUCUUUGUAUCUUAUAAUUUACCCUUUAUACACAAGUACAGAAUUGGAAAUAUACCCUUUUAAAUAUUUUUGUUUUAAACUGAAUAUAAAACUCCUGAAGUAAAGUUUGUGUUUACAAUC